AUGUAUAACUAUAAAGAAAUAGCGGAACUUCUUAUUUCACAUGGUGCAAAUAUCAAUGAAAAAAAUAAUGAUGGAAAAACAGCUCUUCAUUGUACAGCAAUGUAUAACUAUAAAGAAAUAGUCGAACUUCUUAUUUCACAUGGUGCAAAUAUCAAUGAAAAGGACCGUUCCGAAAUGCAUUAUUGA